AUGCUGCGAACCAACACUCAGACGACUAGGGAUCUCAUUAGGGGCCUGACGGGUCUCAGCGACAAGAGCUUCGAUUUCCUGCUCAGCGCCGACCUCGAAGAUCAUCCGCUGCGGGAGUUCGUCAGCUUCGCGACGACAGGCAGCGACGGGAGAGCCCUAGAUACUGGGUCUCCCUUAAUCAGUAGCGGCGCCCGUCCCAACGACAGUGAUUCCGGGUCAUUGGAGUAUUUCAUUGAGGAACUGAAAAACCUGAACAAGGAAGGCUUUUCCACACAGGGAGAAGAAGCCCGCCGAGGAUCAUGGAGGCGUAUGGGCCAGGCUCUCGAGGAUCUGAGGAAGGUGACCUAUGAGUGCCAUAUGACAGCUGACAAAGUUCAGUUGUUUGAUAGUGCGAACGCCAUCCGCACGACCGACGAGAUUUUCUUCCGUCUGUUCAAUAUCGACAGCAGCACGACGGAGGACGAGUACGCACGCAUAGCCAAGGACUGGGACCGGAAUUGGUCCUCAUCGGUCCUUGCCGGCGCCGCGUGCUUGUGUCGUUUUGCACUGGGCGCUAUGCUUGGCUGGCUAAACAUUCCCACUACGUCAAGCCUGCCCCGCUCGGUUGUCGCGCAGCUCGCCGUCGUCUUCCAGACCACAGUUUCGAACCAAGCCACACUGCGCCACCAAUGGUGCUCAGUGCCCUUCUGCACAUCCCUACUUCUGGAGGGAAAGGGCAUCCUGCCUUUCUCCCUUAUUGGCCUUGGUAACUGGCCCCUGUCGCGGGUCCAGACGGAAGAAGACGCCAGGGCGGCAGAGGAAGCUUUCGUCUGGGCGUGUGCCCUCGGUCAUUCCGUGUCACAUGGAGAAAACUGCCGUCAUCACCCUCUUCGAGCAGACGCGGUGCAGGAGCAGACGGGGAGGGGAUAUGGAGUCACUCAGAUCCUGUGGGACGAGUUCGCGCAGUACUUCGACCCCCUCCGUGUCGGCAAGCAAACGCACAACCAGUACACGCCCUAUGAGCAAGCCCAGAUAGCUGAGUUGCAUGCGAAGGGUAGUCGACACGAUCCGGAGGAGAUCGCAACCACUUUCCCUGAGCACACUGUGCUGUCGAUGCUGUCGCAGAUUAACCGUGCAGCAUCUCUGGGAGGGUCGCAAGCUGAGGACACUUAA